AUGGACUUCGCAUCCUUGAUGUCUGCGCAAAUAUCCAAAACCAAACCGUCCGCAUCUUCCGACAGCAAAACGAAAUACCUCAAAAGAUCUCAACUCGAAGCAGAACGUGAAGCAGCUUAUGCCGCUGAUCAAGCUAGGAUCAAGGCAGAGCGACAGGAAAGAGCAGCGAAGAAACGAAAGCUAGAGGAAGAAGAGGCAGAGAAGGCCAGAGUCCGAGAAGAGAAGAAACGCCGACUAGCUGAGGAAAGCAAGGCACGGAGAGAGGAAGAGGAGGCAAGACAAGAACGGCUAAGAAGGAAAAGACUCGGCUUGCCAGAGCUACCUGACAAAGAUCAGACCGAGAAAGAAGGGACACCUCUUGCUGAAGAUGAAGUCGAUAUACCAGAAGCUGAUCUCCUCUUGAAACUGCGCGCUCUCAAUGAGCCUGCCAUCCUUUUCGGCGAAUCCCACAAAUCACGUCUCCGCCGCUAUCGCAACCUCACUUCCCGUGCCCUGACACCCACAUUCUCCAACGGUCCUGUCCCUACUACUCUUCUACCCGUUCCCGAAGCCGAUAUGCUUAUUCCCACAGAAAUCCCGCCUGCAAAAACUCCCGAACGAACGUUGCUCUUCCGCCAACUAUCCAGUUACUUCACCCUGCUCUUAACCGAAUGGUCCCGUGAUCUCUCCCACCGCGACCUAGCCACCAAAGAAUCUCAUCAAGGCCGCCUCGCCAGCAACAACCUCACCCAAACCAUUACCAACCUAACCCCGCUAUUCCGCAAAUUCGAAUCUCAAGAUCUUCCCGACAGCGUCCUCGCCCCCAUCUGCGCCAUCGUCCGUGAUGCCCAACAACGCCGAUAUGUCGCAGCCAAUGACGGCUACCUCAGGCUUAGUAUUGGGAAAGCGGCGUGGCCAAUCGGCGUGACCAUGGUGGGUAUCCAUGAGCGGAGUGCACGGGAGAAGUUACAUGAGAGCGAUAAGCAGGCACACAUCAUGAGUGACGAGGUGACGAGGAAGUAUUUGCAGGCGAUCAAGAGGUGUUUGAGUUAUGCGCAGACAAGGUGGCCGCCAGAGGAUGUAGGGCAGUUGAUGGGAUAA